GAUAUACUAGUUAGUACUUGUUCAAUAGUUGGCAGGCGUGUAUGAACUUCUUGGCGGAAAACAUAUUUUGACUUUGACUGGAUGGGAAUUGUGCGUGAAAAAUACUCGAGUUAUGAAUUCUGUGUGAUAUUGUUUAUGUUGACAGCAAUUUUGUAUUGACGUAAGUUUAAUGAUGGUGAGAAUGUUGAGGCAUGAGAAGCCGAAUGUAUCAGCUGCGUAGGUUUUCGUUUUCACUAGGAAUCUUUUUAGUUGAUGCUUGUUUUACAUGAUUUGAGUGAACAAUGGCAAUGUCAUCAGCUAGUGCGUCAAGCUUAGUCCAGCAAGAGGACAAUCUCGAUGACUGCGGUCCAUUACUUAUCAAUAAGCUCGAGGCACAUGGGAUCAGUGCUGCGGAUGUCAAAAAACUGGAAGAAGCUGGAUUUCAUACAGUUGAAGCUGUGGCAUUUGCUCCUAAGAAACAGCUGCUAGCAAUUAAAGGCAUAAGUGAAGCUAAAGCUGAUAAAUUAUUGCUGGAAGCUUCUAAGCUAGUACCAAUGGGCUUUACAACAGCAACUGAGUUUCAUCAGAAACGUUCAGAAAUAAUACAGCUUACAACUGGUUCAAAGGAACUAGAUAAGUUGCUUGGUGGGGGAAUAGAAACAGGCUCCAUCACUGAAAUAUUUGGUGAAUUUCGAACUGGUAAAACACAAAUUUGUCACACAUUAGCUGUUACAUGUCAGCUUCCUAUAGAUCAAAGUGGAGGAGAGGGCAAGUGCUUGUACAUUGAUACUGAAGGUACAUUCCGACCUGAGCGUUUACUUGCAGUUUCAGAACGAUAUAAGUUAUCUGGAAGUGAUGUACUUGACAAUGUUGCAUAUGCAAGAGCAUACAAUACAGAUCAUCAGACACAACUUUUAAUUCAAGCAUCAGCUAUGAUGGCAGAGUCCAGGUAUGCACUCUUGGUUGUGGACAGUGCCACAGCCCUGUACCGUACCGAUUACUCAGGACGAGGAGAGCUCUCGGCAAGGCAAAUGCACCUAGCACGUUUCCUGCGUAUGUUGUUACGGCUUGCUGAUGAGUUUGGGGUUGCUGUUGUUAUAACCAAUCAAGUUGUAGCACAAGUCGACGGUGCUGCUUUAUUUGCUGCUGAUCCAAAGAAGCCUAUUGGUGGCAACAUCAUGGCUCAUGCUUCAACCACUAGGUUGUAUCUGAGAAAAGGAAGAGGUGAAACCAGGAUCUGUAAGAUAUAUGAUUCCCCAUGUUUACCAGAAACAGAAGCUAUGUUUGCUAUAAAUGCAGAUGGUAUUGGAGAUGCCAAAGAGUGAAAUUGGUACUCUGCUGUAAAAAAGAUCUUUUGUACAGUAAAAUUAGCUAAUAAGAGUGUUAAAACAUGUCGUUUUUAUGUAUAUUCUUAUUAAAAAAAUCCAAACCUCGA